UAACGGAGUAUAAAGAACAAGUACAAAAUUCCAAAACCUCUCUCUUUUCGUUUUCUUUUCACCGAUUGGAAUUUCUUCUUCUACAGCUUUCUCCCUCGCUCUUUCUCUCUCUCAAAUUAGGGUUUAUGCUUUUUUGACGGCCACUUUCCGACUAAAUUUCGAUCGAUGCUCUUGCUCGUAUUACCGCAUUUUGACUGCCCUUUAAUUCCAGAGAACCAAUAAGUAUGCACCAAAAGCUGGUGACAUCCACUGAAUAAGAUAAACAAUUGCAGGGGAUGGGAGGUUGCUGUUGUUCUUCCAGGAAACCUCAUCUACAUGGAACACCUGUGUAUUACUACUGUCCCCCAGCUUUGGAAGAGCAUGAGUCCUUAACAACUCACAAUGGCGCAGCCUCUGCAUUCACUGCAGGUCUCCUAGCUGAAUUGAAUCUGAAUACAUCAACACCUGAUACUUUCCGGCCCCCUCCUGCACCUUUGCCAUAUGAUCUGGUGUUGGGAUGUCGAAGAUCUUCAGAUUCUGAAUCUGUUAGAGAAACAGUUAGUGGUGGUAGUUUUGAAACUUUAGCAACGUGUGAGGAUCUUGAGGAGCCAGACUGCAAAACUCUAGAAAGUUCAUUACCUGUCUCACCAAAGAAGACAGAAAUAGCAGAAUUAGAUGAAGCUAUUGUUUUGACAACAGAAGAAGAGGAUGCUUGUCCCAUUUGUCUUGAAGGUGGGAUAGUGUCAUUGUCUUGGGAGAUGAAUUCUAAUAUGACACACAGAAUCCAAAAUUUGUCACCAAAUGUGAACACCAUUUUCACCUAUCAUGCAUUCUGGAGUGGAUGGAAAGGAGCGACACCUGUCCUAUAUGUGAUCAGGAAAUGGUGUUUGACCGCACCUUCAAUUAAUAGCUAGUUAAUUAUUUCCUAGGUUGAAAUUUUAUUAGUGUUCUAUUGAAAGCUGGCCAACUUAGUGGGGCUUCAACUGCAUGUAAUUUCUGUCUUACGACUGGUCAGCUGAGUGCCCACUGCCACAUUUUAAGUUUGGUCUUGGUUGGUUUGAAAGGUUCAUAAUAUCAGUGUUUCAUGAAGAUUUACUUGUGGGAAAGCCAAUGGUAAACAGGUUGCCUGUUCAUAGCCGUAUUCCCUUUUGUUAAUUCCUUGGUGGUUAGUUUUCAAUUGACCCUGCAGAUAUCAUCAGAAGUUGUACGCACAGUGCUUGACGAAGGAAGAAAACCAAGUGGUCGAUUCUGCCUUCCAUGUUUCGUUAAUGGACUUCUCUUGUUUUGUUUGUUGUAUGCUUCCAAUAUUUUGAUUUUUCUUUUCUUUUCUUUUGUUGGUGCUGGUUCUGUAAAUUAAUCUAUUAGUUUUUGUUUCUUCUCACUAUCCAUUUAGGAUUGGGAACCCGAUUAGUGUAUGGAAAGUGUAAUGAUCAAUGGAAAGAUAUACCGUGUUUAUAUGAAUUUAAACUGAUACAACAUUAAAUUAUGUGUA